AUGUCUCUCAAACGCAAAGCCGCUGACCUGGCCACGGAUUCGGUGAAGAAGCCCAAAGCCAACGCGUCCAUCACAUCCUUCUUCUCUGCUCCCAAGUCCAGCCCGACGACUCCCGGUGCAAAUGUCAGCAAACCCGCAGCAAGCUCUCCAACACAACAGCCCUCGCCCAUAACCACCACCACCAAAUUCGACAAGGAAGCAUGGCUUGCGAAGCUGUCCGAUGAAACAAAAGGUCUGCUCAAGUUGGAGAUUGCAACCCUCCACGAGAGCUGGCUGGCCGUACUCCACUCGCAAAUCACCAGUCCCGACUUCCUCAAACUCAAGCGCUUCCUCGCCAGCGAAGCUCAAGCGGGGAAACAAAUUUUCCCGCCCUCCGAAGACGUCUACUCCUGGUCCCGUCACACGCCACUCGACACCGUCAAAGCCGUGAUCCUCGGUCAGGAUCCCUAUCACAAUGUCAACCAAGCACACGGCCUCUGCUUUUCCGUGCGCCCUCCCACCAAAGCGCCACCAUCAUUGAAGAACAUGUACAUAGCACUCAAGCGCGACUAUCCAGAAUUUACGCCUCCGCCGAAUGGCGGUGGACUCUUGACUCCAUGGGCUGACAACGGUGUGCUUCUGCUCAACACCYGCCUUACUGUCCGUGCCCAUGAUGCCAACUCUCAUGCCAAACAAGGCUGGGAGGCAUUCACGCAGAAAGUCAUCGAUACGGUGGCGGCGAAGAGAACCAAAGGAGUGGUUUUCCUUGCUUGGGGAGCGCCCGCGCAAAAGCGGUGCGCCGGGAUUGAUACCAAGAAGCAUCUUGUGCUCAAAGCUGUACACCCCAGCCCGUUGAGUGCGCACCGAGGCUUUCUGGAUUGUGGGCAUUUCAAAAAGGCAAACGAGUGGUUGGUUGAGCGAUACGGCGAGGACGGCGCCAUCAAAUGGGACAGUUUGGAUGUCAAGCCGGAAGAAGCUGGAGUGUAG